CCGAGCAUUGCCUAUAAUCAGGAAAAAUGCGAACCUCAAGAGAAUCACGUUAGCAUACUUAAUAUGAUCACAGAAUUCAAAUUGAACACUGAACAAGCUAGGGCCUUUUCUCUUAUAGCCAAGCAUUCAUUGUGUGACUUGCCUGAACAUUUAUGCAUGUUCCUUGGGGGUGCUGGUGGUACUGGUAAAUCUCGAGUCAUUUCUGCCAUC